UCAUGUCCACAGCGUUGUCCCUCUGCACGCUGCUCGUGCUGGUCGCGCUGUGGUGCGGCGCGUCGGCGGGACCACCCAUCGACCCAAAGUUCCUGUUGGAACUCGCCAGCCAAUUCGACACGGCACAGCUGACGCCCUCCUGCAGGAAGGUGUUUAACAAGUGCAAGGCACGCUUCGUUCCCCUGGUGAUGCAGUUCGAGCAGCUGAUGCAUAUUGCGCCCGCUAUCCUCGGUGUGGAAUGCAUUAAAAGAGAACUGGCCAAAGGAUUCCCGCGGUUUGACAUCGAGUGCGUCAUGAGCGAAGACUACAAGGAGGGCAUAGAUUGCAUGGAGGACCCACAGCUACUGGAAAUACUCGGACAAAAGGCCGCCAAAUCGCUCAAGCCAAUAUCGAACUGCUUCAAGGACGUACCGCCACCACCUGCUUGA